CCCCACGCUCCCGCCACAUUCACACGCACGCACACACGCACGAAUAUACGUUCACAUACGCACACACACAUACACACAGGCAUCAAUUAGAACUUAAACUCGUGCACGCAUACAUACUCGUGCGCGCAUACACACACACACACACACACACACACACACACACACACACACACACACACACACACACGACUAAUUUUCAUCUCGUCUGCGUAUCCCAAUGGAUUCACUCGACGAAGAGCAACUGGGAGCUCUGAAGAAGGCGUUUGAUUCGUUCGACACAGACGGCAAGGGGUACAUCACUCCGGAGACAGUCGGGGUGAUCCUGAGAAUGAUGGGCGUCAAGAUCUCGGAGAAGAACCUACAAGAAGUAAUAGCGGAGACGGACGAAGAUGGCUCCGGGGAGCUAGAAUUUGAGGAGUUUGUGGAGUUGGCAGCCAAGUUCCUUAUAGAAGAGGACGAGGAGGCACUGAAGGAGGAGCUGCGUGAGGCAUUUCGCAUCUAUGACAAGGGAGGUAACGGGUACAUCACCACGGACACACUGAAGGAAAUUCUGCGUGAAUUAGACAACAGACUGACGGAAGAGGAACUUGAUGGGAUUAUUGAAGAAGUGGACGAGGACGGCUCUGGCACACUGGACUUCGACGAAUUUAUGGACAUGAUGGCUGGGUAGAGGCGCGGGUGUCAGUGAACCAUGCAGGAACCGCCAGCCUCACUCAGGUAUCUGGGAGCAUAGCUAAAGAUUUGAGCACGUCCUGAAGUUCAAUAGAUGAGGUAGAAAUGUCAAUGUAUCGUCCCUUGCUUGAGGGGUUUUCAGUAGAGUCACGGAAAGAGCAAAUGCGUUUGGGUCCGCACUGAACAGUGAACACAACACCGUCAAUGCUGCCAGACAACCGUGAUCUCAAUCCCUGGGAGAUGUUAUCGUACACAUCAUUCGCCUGAGCGAGCCUUGUAGUCAAGAUAUAAACAGCAGCAGCAAGACAGAGGAGUUUGGAGAUUUAUUCCUUGAUGAGGAGUAUUAUUGGUCACUAGUGCUUCAUCAUUUGUAUAUACCGAGGGCCGAGCAACCCAAUGCUCCUCAAAAACAGCAGGUCUUCAGUCCUUGGAAGAUGUACAGUGGUUUAAUGCUGGGUCACAUUACAGCUCUUUUUUUUUACUGCGACGCCCCUGACGGUCAUACAGGCCAUUUUCUGCUACUGCAUUCGACUGUUCUAAUGAUUUGGAGCAUUUCAGUGCAAAAAAAGACACGCAGAACGAAGGACGUACGACAUCAGAUCUUAGACGUACAAUGACGUAUAUGCCUCGUACGAUGAAAAACGUCAAGAGUACGUCAUCGUAUGAUUGGCUGAAAAGCGUUUGCCAGACGGGGUCAAAUGAAAGCAAAGUUUUGAAGAAGUGUUUGUAAAUGUUUCCUGAAACUUGACUCCAUUUGACUCCGUUUUUCCCCUCCCGUGCCACUACUGAAAACGCCUUUAGUGACGUAGUUAAUGUUGUAUUGCAAUUUGUAUGAACAUUGUUUCGUUUCAGUACAUCUUAUUAAAAAAUGUGGGUUAUCAUUAUUAUUUCUGUUUUACUUAUACUGUUUUUUUUUUUUCUCUCAUUUGAUUGGUAUUAUAUUAGAUUGCUGUAGUUAUCUUUGGGGUUAUUUUGGGGGUAUUAUUUCUCUGUUAGACUGUUCCUUUAUUUCUGUUCCAUCAAGAAUCUUAUUACUUUUAUGUUAUAAUUAAUUUAUUUUUCCCUAUCUCAUUUUGUUUUAUUCGUUGAUUUAUUUGUCUACUUUGUUUUCGUUUCAAAUUGAUUAAGGAAUAUAAAACAAUGCUGUAAAAAUAAUAAAAAAGAAUUUAUAGAAUAAGAUUGUAAGAAAAAAAUUACAUUCAGUCUUUUAUUCUCUCUCUCUCUCUCUCUCUCUCUCUCUC